AUGUCCCUAGUCCAUUUAGCAAACGUAUGUUCACAUCUACAAAACUGCACCCGAGUUAGAUUGUCUUUAACAUCAAUUCCAUACACAAAAUUGCAUUUGCAAGUUGCAUACAAUUUAUAUAAGCACGGUUUUGUAUCUUCAUUACAAAGAGGCUCCACAAAAGGUCCAGACGUUGUAUCAGUCGAAGUAACACCGGAUAAUAUCUCUACUAGAAGGCUAUGGGUCGGGUUAAAAUAUAGAGAAAAUAAACCAGUUCUAAGUCAGUUUGGUUUGAUUAGUAAGCCCAAUUUAAAAAUUAUAUUGGAUCAUUCUGAUUUGACUAAAUUAUGUAGUGGAAUUUCCAUUAGAAAAAUUAAGCCAUUACAACCUGGUGAACUGAUUUUGGUCAAGGACAUGAAGAACAACGUAGUUUUGGAUAUCAAUGAAGCUAUUGCCAAAAGAAAAGAUAACGUUAUGGUUUUAUGCAGAGCUAAAUAG